AUGCCCACCUUCUACAAAACAUCCUCUUCAGCUGCUGAAGACGGCAGCAAGACCACCAAAACGCCGCUCAAGUUCGACCGCGUCCUCGCCGACGUCCCGUGCACCGGCGACGGCACCCUCCGCAAGAACUACGACGUCUGGACCAAGUGGAACGCCGCCAAUUCGAACAACUUCCACCACAUGCAGGCGAAGAUUGCCCGGCGCGGCCUGGAGCUGCUCGCAAAGGACGGCCUGAUGGCGUACAGCACCUGCAGUCUGAACCCCUCGGAGGACGAGUCGGUGGUGGCCAGCCUGCUCAACGACUCCAAGGGCGCCCUGGAGCUGGUGGACGCGGCGGCCACCCUGCCCGAGCUGAAGCACCUGCCCGGCCUGGAGCACUGGACGGUGAUGUCGCGCGACGGCGUCCAGUACACCUCCUACGAGGAGGUGCCGGAGAAGCUGCGCACGCAGAUCCGCGAGACGCUCUUUCCGCCGGCCAACGCCGCGGAGCUCCGUCUGCGGCGGUGCGUGCGCAUUCUGCCGCACUACCAGAACACCGGCGGCUUCUUCAUCGCCAUCCUCCGCAAGAAGACCGAUCGCAUGCCCUGGGAGCCCACCGAGGAGGAGGAGGAGGCGAAGAAGAGGGAGCAGGAGGAGGAGGAGGAGAAGAAGAAGAAGGAAGAGGAGGCUGCUGGAGAAGGUGGUGGUGCUGAUAAGACGGAGGAGGACAAGACGAGCCUCACCACUGGCCGUGGCGGAAAGAAGCGCCAGUUCUUCGGCUACAAGGAGGUGCCCUUCUCCUUCCUGACGAAGGACGACGCUGACUGGGCGGAUAUUAAGUCCUUCUUCAAGCUGCCGGAGAGCUUUAACGUCCAGCAGCUGGCGCAUCGCUGCGCCGUCGGCAAGCGCCGCAAUCUGUACUUUUUCACCGAGCGGGCGGCGGACUUUGUCGCCCUGAAUGGCCAUGUCAAGAUCAUCAGCGGCGGCUGCCGGGUGUUCUGCCGCGUGGACAUCUCCCAGGUGCCCUGCGCCUUUCGCGUCAGCCAGGAGGGCAUUCCCUCGCUCUUUCCCUACUUUGUCCCCCACUUGGAGCAGUACGCGCCGGUGGUUGAUUCCACUGAAGCAAACCCGAAGCGGACCUUCACCAUCACCGACCUCGACCUGGAGACCUUCGUGAAGGUGCUGCGGCAGGAGGAGGUCAAGAUUGAGCUCCUUCCGCCCGCCACCCGCUCCAAGCUGGAGGGGGUGACGCACGGCGGCGCCAUCCUCUACACCAAGGUCGCCCGCCCGCCGCCCAACUCCUCCUCGACCUUCAUGGUGGCCCUCUGCGCGUGGAAGGGCCGCAACUCGGUGCGUGCCUACGUCGCCCGCAAUGAGAAGCUCCACCUGAUGCGACUCUGCGGCGUGGAAGAGCCAAAGCUGGACACUCCCACCGCCGCUAAGAAAGAAGGCCAAGAUGUGAAGAAAGCUGAGGAGGAGCCUGAAAAUGGAAACGGCGACAAUCAGCAGGAGGAAGAUGAAGAAGAAUCUGCGCCAUUGAAAAAGUGCAAACUCGAUGAAGAGGAGAAGGAGAAAGUGGAAGCAUAA